AGGCGAAUGUUGUGAGGAGAAACGUCAGAAAAGUGAAUCGUACAUUGCUCCAUCUCAUCGCUGUAAUAUUGUGUUUUUUGAACGUCCAAAUUUUGAGUUAUUUCACAAUUUAGCCCACGGAUAGGCUGCUAAAGUAGCCGUGUCGCGCCGGAAAUCCGCGACCAAAGUGCCAAAAGGUUUCUCCUCUCCAAAUCAGCGCUGUUUCUUUUUCGUAGACGAGGAGCUAGCUGGCAGGUGCUGUCAUACCAUCGCUGUUGCCACUAAGCUGCCUGAAGAGAAGGAAGACAACGACGACGAGGUUGCGUGUGUAAACAAAGCCGCGAUAGGGAGCAAUUUGGCCGCACUGUUGACCAUCACCCCCAGCAGCACCGUCGUCACCAUUCCCGGCCAUGACGGAUUCGUUCUUUGGCUUCGACACCUCACUCCCGGUGGAGGAUGACGGAGGCGGAGGGAUUGGCGAGGCCCUGGAAGACUCGGAAGAGGAGUACGAUGCGCUCAAUGAUGAGACUUUUGGGCAAGCGGCUCGCGAGGGCGAUUGGGAGGAGUUGCAUGAGGAUUUAGUUCGACUGGACCAGCGGGAAGGUGGAGAUGGGGAUUCCGGACCGGACUCCGACUUGGAUAUCAAUUUCUCCGGCGUGAGGAUCGAUAAUUUGGAGAUGAACGAUGACAAUGAGUCGGAAGCGCGUCUACAACUGGAUCCAAGCGUUUGGACGAUGCAGAGCAAGCCGGAAACUCCUAGGCCGCAACCAAUGGCAAAUGUACCGCGACCGGUAGGACCAGGAACGAUAAGCUUCCCUGGUUUUCCACCGAAUUUCCCAAUGCCGAAUCCUUCCCAGAUGCGGAUAUGCUCAGUGGAGGAAAUCGAGCAGAAUAUGAUCAAACAACAAGCCCAGUUGCAGCAAUUUCCUAUUGCGACACCCCGUCCUCCUCUCCAGCAGGACAACCUUCAGCAGCAAUACCAUCAUCAAAAUCUAGGACUUGCUCGACCUCCACCAGGAUUUCCUGCUCCUCCGAUGAUGAGUCAACCGCCACUUACGAUACCGGUGAAUUUCCCUCCACCGCUGAAUAUGGGUCCUCCUCCACCAUUGCAUCUUCUGCAAACGAAUAUUCCCCCGCCUGGUAGUGGACCUCCAAUGUUUCCGCUGAAUGUGCCUCCACCGAACUUCCAGGAGCAGAAUCAUGCCAACUUCAACCAACGCCUGGUUCAGGAGAUUCAGCAGAACCAUCCCUUGUUGAACCAGCAUCGUCACCAUCAGCAGCAGCAGCAGCAUCAACAGCAUCAGAAUCGCUACCAGCAGCACAACAAUCGUCAAAUUUACCACCAACAACAACAUCAGAAUCGACACCAGAAUGGAAAGAUCAAUCGUUCCGGCGAAUAUGACGAGUAUGCCAACCUGAUGAGUGAACGUGACAAACAGUGGCUGCUGGGAAUUCAAUUGUCCCAAUUGAAUAAGGACACUCCGUAUUUCAAUGAUUACUACUUUUGUGUGUUUCGUGACCGGAAAGAACGUCAGAAGGGUGAAAACGAACGGGAAAGUAAGGCGCACAAGGACAACACUUUCUAUCACCCGUUCACGCAGCAAAUGCUGCAACGCAAUGGGCUGAUUGGUCGCGAAAGACGAAACUCGGAAAAGAGUCAGGAGAUUAAGGAAGUCCCGGCCAGGAAUUACACUCCACUUCAGUUUGAAAAUUCACUCGGAAAGUUGCAGUGUGGAAGUGUGACCGCUCCCAGAAAGAUCAUUGAUCAGGAUGUGGUGGCAGAGACAACGGCCAACAGUGGCACUGCGGUCAAUUCCGAAGUCCUGUCUCAGCGAAAGUCCAGACAAAUUUUAUUGCAUGUUGAAAGUCUGUACAAAAUUGUUCUGAAGAUGGAAGAUUUGAUUAACCCACUGGCAAUUGAAGCGAAGCAACUGUUGAAGGAAAAAAGAGAGCGUGAGCGUCUACUAGCCUUGGAACGAGGUCAACAGGUUGACGAACAGAACAAUCUCACCAUCAACGGAACCGAUGCAUCGCAAGAAACGCAGGAAGAUACGUUCGAUUCAAUGCUGGAAAAACUUCUACCCGGUGUAACCCCAGAGGGAGUCCUAAUGACUCUCUCCGUUAGAAAGGGAAAACUUUUACUAAAACGCGUUCAAGCAGCCGUUAAGGAUCAUCCAUUCCGUUGGAACCUAUGGUGUAUAAUUCUGUCCUCUUUGCCUCUGCUUCCGAAGCGAGACCGUGACGAUCCGGAAGGGCUCCUCAGUCCCCUAUUCGCUCAACUUGAAAGCCAUGUAAAAUACUCAACCAUGCGGGACUUACUACCUUUGCUAGACACUUUUCUAAAUUCAGACAAACUGCUCCCGCUGGUCUCCAAGUGUAAAUUCCUUUUGACAACCGUUUUGACACUGAUCGAUCGACUCGAGCACUUCCACUGCUCGCCUGCCCUCAAUCUGACCCCCGAAUCGACCGAAAGGUGGAAGACAUUCCUCAAGGAACUGUCCAAAGCCGUCAGCAGUGUGGGAAUGGGGCCGCAGAAGGUGCUGCUCAAAUUGGACACCAACUGCAAGAUCAUACGAACGCUGCGGGAUCACUUCCAACGGUAUCCGGCGCUGGAUCUGGAGCUGAAGUUCCUGGCGCUCAUUUCCGUUGAGGACAAAAAGUAAACAUUCGGACCCGCAUGAUAGGUAUGGUAUGAACCAACUAGUUUUCCCUUUUAUUUUAUUUCAUUUGAUAUCGUGUAAAAAUUUCAAAAGUAUACCCGUUACUUAUUAGAACGGAGGGCGAAAGUGUUUUGCAGAUAAUUGUAGCACUGAAAAUAGUGAUUUUCAAAGUUUAGGUAGUAAAUAACCAUUUUUACUGUGGAGAAAAAAAAAUGUAAAAUGUUAGCAUGGGACAUACAAGUUAAUAGAUCAAAACCAAUUAAUUUUUAUAACGUUAUCUCCCUAUUUUGCGACUUAUAAGUUUUCUUUUUUGUUUAUUUUAACCCAUAUAAUACCCUUAAAAUACUGUAUAAGCAUAUCCAAUAACUAUGAUUAAAGUGAAUUCAGAAAGGAA